AUGGCUUAUGAGGUUCAUAAUGGAUCACUUUUCACUCAAGGUAUCUGGACGCCAGGAGCGGGAAUCGGAGGUAGCGGGGCACUUCAUCAUGAAAUAACGACGACAGGUAUGCAACACCGACAACAACAACAACAACAACAACAACAAGGCUGUUUAAACGAGACAAUAUUCGCAAGAGGAAAUUCACUGAAUGCUGGUGCUAUGCAAUAUGGUAAUGGUACGGCAAACAGCAAUAACACAACAAUGAAUUUAGCUGGUGGAUUUGCAAACAAUUUGGAAUUGAGUAAUAGCAAUCGAUCACAACAUCUUAUGCGUCAUGCUCAUGCUCAUCAUCCGCUUCAUCAUAUGCUCAAUAACAUGGAUCCUAUCAUGCAAAUGCCGAACGUGUAUAGACCUCAGAUACGCCCGAGUUGUUCGUUGGGUGCAGAAACGAUGUCGUCACCGAGCAGCGAGUUGAUCUCCGGUGUUGGUAUUCUCACGUGGCUUUCCUCAAAAGCCGGUCUCAUCACGGCUAAAGCCAAUAAAUUCACUGUGUCGUUCCAAUUGAAAGACUUUUGUGACCAAGGAGUUUCCGAUUUGACGGCUGUUCUCAGACCCGGUUUCACACUGAGCUUUCAAGCAAUUUCGAGUGAAAGUAACGAUUGGAUCGCAACGCACGUCUCACCUCUACAUAGCUUCGAAGCAGACAAGGAGUUUUUCGGUGCCUCCGAAGUUGAUCUAGAGGCAGCUGCAGCAAGUCAGACUAGCGGACCACCACGUCUAGCCAAGGAUAUGUAUUCGAUCGAGUUGGAAUUGAGAGCCAUUCCGAUGCUUCUAUCAAUCUUUCAACGACAUGCCCUACCGCAUUGUCAACUGUCAAGUUUACAUAGUCAAAUCAGUAACUGUGGUGAUGAAGAGUUGUAUCGUUACGUGGGAACGAGCAGUUUGAAACGUCGACAGUAUUUGGAAAGACGUACACACUUGUUCAUAAUGACCAGUGCUGAUCAGGUAUACCUUCAAGCUGGUGGUAUUUACCAAGCGGUUGUAUUAUUAGCACGUUAUUUGUUACGUCGUGGUGGUGUCACUUCAACGCAGUCACUUUUCGACUAUUUCACUUCAUGUCCUGAAAUUAUUAUUGAAGCUCGUGAAAUGAUCGGUGAUGGUCGCGCAGCCUUUUUGUCACUUAUCACUUCACAUCCGUGGAUAUUCGCCUUAUUUCCAGCGAGGAAUUUUGUUUCAGUUCGACGUAAUUUGCCACAUUAUGACUAUUGUGCCUUCUUGAAUCAGAAUUUUCCUGAUUGUGAAUUGAUUAUGAGUCGUCAUAUAUCAUCACAACCGCCACCACAAUCUGCGCCACCAGCAUCAGCACCUCAUCACGCUGCUCAUCAUUCCGUACAAGCACCUCAGUCGGUUAAAUUGCUACCAGCAAGUGCACAUAUCAGUAACUCGUCUUCAUCAUCAGCUCAAUUACGAACUGCUACACCGUUGAUGUUACCACCGCCCAUAAAUGCUGCCGCUUCAUCGAUAACAACUGCAAACAAUCAACAGCAGUCUUUAGCAACAACCACUCAGGUUCUUAAUAUCAGUUUUUUAUCCUUUACAACAUUAUUACCUGCCUGA